GAAAAGAUUCCGGGGAAUAGUUUAAUGGUUCUGCCUCAGAGCGUCCCAGAGAAAAGGUCCAGUUCUGAGACAAUACCUGUACGCGUACUUAUUUGCUUUUCCGCUAGUCGAAGGACAAGGGUGGAGGUUACAGGGCAACAUCGAGCGGGUGGGGCCAAUGCCAGUGGGCGGAACCACGCGGGCCCUCCCUUUAGCUACUGGAGGCCUGGCAAAGGGGCGGGGUUUCCGGCGGCAGCGGCAUUUGGGCGUGGGGUGACGCUAGAGGACAAGUCGGCACGUGACACGGAAGUGACUACGAACAGGAAGAGGACGAAAAAAAUAACCGUCCGCGACGCCGAGCCGAACCGGACCCGCAGCCACCAUGAACAGCAAAGGUCAAUAUCCAACACAGCCAACCUACCCUGUGCAGCCUCCUGGGAAUCCAGUGUACCCUCAGACCUUGCAUCUUCCUCAGGCUCCACCCUAUACCGAUGCUCCACCUGCCUACUCAGAGCUCUAUCGUCCGAGCUUUGUGCACCCAGGGGCUGCCACCGUCCCCACCAUGUCAGCUGCGUUUCCUGGCGCCUCACUGUAUCUCCCCAUGGCCCAGUCUGUGGCUGUUGGACCUUUAGGUUCCACAAUCCCUAUGGCUUAUUAUCCAGUUGGCCCCAUUUAUCCACCUGGUUCAACAGUGCUGGUGGAAGGAGGGUAUGAUCCAGGUGCCAGGUUUGGAGCUGGGGCUACUGCUGGCAACAUUCCUCCUCCACCCCCAGGAUGUCCUCCGAAUGCUGCUCAGCUGGCAGUCAUGCAGGGAGCCAAUGUCCUCAUAACUCAGCGGAAGGGGAACUUCUUCAUGGGUGGCACAGAUGGUGGCUAUACCAUCUGGUGAAGAACCAAGGCCACCUCUGUGCCGGGAAAGACAUCACAUACCUUCAGCACUUCUCACAAUGUAACUGCUUUAGUCAUAUUAACCUGAAGUUGCAGUUUAAGACACAUGUUGUUGGGGUGUCUUUCUGGUGCCCAAACUUUCAGGCACUUUUCAAACUUAAUAAGGAACCAUGUAAUGGUAGCAGUACCUCCCUAAAGCAUUUUGAGGUAGGGGAGGUAUCCAUUCAUAAAAUGAAUGUGGGUGAAGCAGCCCUAAGGAUCUUCCUUUAAUUCCUCUGGAGUAAUACUGUACCAUACUGGUCUUUGCUUUUAGUAAUAAAACAUCAAAUUAGGUUUGGAGGGAACUUUGAUCUUCCUAAGAAUUAAAGUUGCCAAAUUAUUCUGAUUGGUCUUUAAUCUCCUUUAAGUCUUUGAUUUAUAUGACUUGUUAUAAAUGCAUUAGUUGUCUAUGCCUUUUCUUUUCCAUCCUUUGUCCCACAUCUCACCCUCAGCCCGUCUUCCAUUCCCUCCCACCAUCUCCAUUGAAUCAAUGGUGCAGGACAGAAAGCCAGUCAGACUAAUUUCCUUCUCUCCUUGCACUUCUCCCCACUUGCCAUCUUUUAACUAGUCUUUCACAAGGAUCCUCUGAAACCCCCUCUGUGCCCAAGCACAGACCCCAUUACUUCUGCUUAUGCAUCUCCUCAGGCAAGAGACGAGGGUACCUUUAGACCCUCUUCCUAGGUUGUCUCUUCAUACAUGAACCAAAUCCAAAUUUGCUUUGGUGCCAGAAAAACAGCUUGUUUGAACACAUAGUAACACAAACUGUACUGUUAACAACAGUUUGUAUACCAUGUGUGCCUGGGCAGGGGGCAAUGAGGAGGAUGCAUUUCACAAGCCUGAUGACUUUGGAGCCAAAAUUAAGGGGAGUUUUCAGAUCAAAAAUUGGUCACCAUUUAUUGUUCGAGUGUCUGAUGCAGCCACUCACGGCUCCCAGGAAUUCCUCAGCUGGGUUAAUGGGGUCCUAUUGUGAAUGCCUCACUGCAAAGUGACUCAAGUCCAGUGAAAUCUCAUUAGGGUUAAGACUAUUUCAGGGAUCCUUAAUAUUUUAAUUUUUCAGCAAUUGGAGUUUAUUUUAUUUUAUAAUUUCAGUUCAUCUAAAUUGUGUUCCGUACAUGUGAUGUUUGACUGUACCAUUGACUGUUAUGGAAGUUCAGCGUUGUAUGUCUCUCUCUACACUGUGGUGCACUUAACUUGUGGAUUUUUUUAUACUAAAAAUGUAGAAUAAAGACUAUUUUGAAGAUUUGAAUAAAGUGAUGAAGUUGCAUUACACCUCA